AUAAGCAAAAAUCUCAUGGGAGAAUCAUCAGUCGAACGUGAUACUUCUGCGCUGUCUCUAAGGAAAAGCUCACCUGCAUCCUUCUCCAGUAUGAGUUCCCUCCUGAACAACCUCAUCGUGACUGGGCCUUCCACCUCGGCCAUUGCCAGCAACGGAAGCAGCCUCAUCCAGGUGCCCGCCAGCGCAGCGGAGGCCGCGGCAGCCACCGGCGAAGGAGAGCCGCGCACCCUGCGGGCUUAUGCGUCAGGAGGCGGGUCUAUGUGCCUGGAGCUCACAGUGUCCGGAGAUGAAACUGCAUAUCCGUUCGAACUGAUCGAGGAAAGUGCGAAUUACCUGCUGGCGGGGACCAAACACAGACCCAAGAUUGGCGUCAUCUGCGGAUCCGGUUUGGGUGGAUUGGCUGACCAGCUGGGCGACCGAGAUGUCUUCCCCUACGAAGACAUCCCUAACUUCCCCGUGUCAACAGUCAAGGGACACGCAGGCAGGAUGGUGAUCGGCCUGCUCUCCAGCGUGCCCGUCAUGUGCAUGCAGGGCCGCUUUCACGCCUAUGAGGGCUACCCGCUUUGGAAGUGCGCCAUGCCGGUGCGAGUGAUGAAGCUGAUGGGCGUGGAGCAGGUCAUCAUCACCAACGCCGCCGGCGGACUCAACCCGGAGUUCAAAGUCGGUGACAUCAUGAUCAUCAAAGAUCACAUCAACAUGCAGGGCUUCGCCGGGGACUCGCCUCUGCGAGGGCGCAACGACGAGCGCUUCGGGCCUCGGUUCCCGGCCAUGAACAACGCCUACGACAAGGACCUGCGCUCCAUGGCCAAAAAGAUCGCUCAUGGCAUGAAUCUCUCCGACGUGGUCCGCGAGGGCGUCUACGUGAUGCUCGGGGGGCCCACCUACGAGACGGUGGCGGAGCUGAAGCUGCUCAGAAUUCUUGGAGUCGAUGCCGUGGGCAUGAGCACCGUUCCGGAGGUUGUCGUGGCACGACACUGCGGCAUGAAAGUGUUCGCGUUCUCGCUGAUCACCAACGAAUGCAUCAUAGAGUAUGAGACAGACGCGCAGGCCAACCACGAAGAGGUUAUUGACGUGGCCAAUAAGCGCAAGAGCGACCUGCAAGAGCUAGCACGCAGAAUAAUCGUAUCUAUGAACGAAGAUUGCCAAGAGAAUUAGAAGAGGGAAAGUGUUGAUUCUCCACCUUUCUAUCUGUUUAUUUAGCUAUCUAUCUAUCUAUGUCUAUCCUUUAAACCGUUUGUAUAUCAUUGUUUCCUAUAUCUUUUCUUCGAUCCACGACGCAGACGGUGGUGUCCGAAACGUUCACGCUGCAUCCGUUUCCCUCGAUCGGCUUCGUCUCACACCAUUAUUGUCAUAAUAUUUCGCUUUCCUCAGUCCUAUUUUCUUACCAAAUUUGAAAAAAAAAGAUAUAUAUAUGUAAUCAGAAUCCAUUUUAGUCAGACCAUUGUGUAAUGCUUACAAAUGUAGUUUUUAAGGUCAUUUUUAUAUUUUGUUGAAGCAUGGAGGUUUUCCGUGCAAAUUUUGGUUUAUACUUUAUUAUAUGUGCAAUGUGAUCUUAAGAUUCCAAAUUGUGAAUAAUUUUUAUUACUGAAUAUAUGUUUGAAUCUAAAGAAGUAAACAGUUUUGAUGUUCUAUUAUUGGAAUUAGAUCUGUAAUAAUAUCUGAGCCGGAUUAAUCAGAUGUAUAUUUUUGCAUAUUUUUUCUUCUUUUUUACAUAUAUCAGGUUGCAGGAUAAGCGAAGAUAUUUAUUUUGGAUAUAGUGCGCAUUACUUUAAAUACACUGAAAAUGAAGCAGGAUGAAGCUGUAUUGCAAUUAUUGUGUGUACAUCACCGUGAGGAUACAUCAUGAUUAUAGAUGAUUUCAACUGGUUUUACUGAACUGUGGAACUAGGGAAUCUUGUAAGACUAUAGAUGCAUUACCUAGUGCUUCCAUCUAGAUUUCAGUCUUUUUUUUCAGGAAAUGUCUUUCCGAAGUGCCUGUACUACAGUUAGAUAAUUAUACUGUUACUGAUUUUCAAUUAAUCUUCUGCGGCCGUUUUAAGAUGCAGUUUAGAGAUAUUUAGGUGUAGGUUAUGGAUUUUUCAUGUUUCAUUUGGUCAUAUGUCCUGAUUUCUUUUAUCUAACUACACAAGCAAUUGUGAUAGUGAAGCAUAAAUCUAUAAAUAGCCUGUCCGAAAUCUUGGCAGCCAGCUCACUCAAGAGGUCACUUUAUCAGUCUGAAAGGAACAGAACACGGUAAGAUAAUGACAAAUCUGUUAUUAUCAGGCCAGUGUUUCUAUUUUUUCUAAUGUCAUAAAAAGGUCAGUAUACUUUCACUCGCUCUGUUUUCCGCCGGUGUCCGAAUCAUGUCCCACCGCAGUGCUAGGACCUGGUACUUCCGUUGGUGCUCUUUCACUGCGCGGCGUCUGGCUGCGCGUUCCUCGAGUCUGCGCAGAGAAGGUCAACCGCGCCGAAACGUGUUCACCAGUAGUCUGUCGCUGCCACCGGCUGGGAAUGUUAUAGUUCAGUUUUUUCCUUCUCGCUGAUUUACCAGACGCUUGUAAACUAUUUCCCUUAUGAAAAGUAUCCAGUUUUUUUAACAUUCCAGUGACAAAUUUCAAUAACUAGUUACUAUCUAGUGGAAUUCUGUCCGUCAUUAAUUAUUUGAACAGACAUUGCAUUAUUUUUUAUGUUUAAUGAUAAAAAAGACAAUGCGCAGCAUGAUACUUCUGUAUUGCAAUAAAAUGUAUAUAAGCCAA